UGCCGUGUGUCAUCGUGGCAUAUAUCAGCGUACGUCGCGAUGAGCUUGCGUGCCUCCAGGCGACAACUGGCGGGCUUCGGCGAGCUCCUGGACUGGCAGCCGCUGGAGUUCGCGGACGCGGUGCCCAAGGUGUUCUGCUGCACCUUGUGCGGAGUCCUGCCGACGUUCACGAAGCGGCUGACGCCCUGUUGUCACGUGUUCUGCCGCCAGUGCUUCGAGAUGCUCGCCGAGCGGGAGCACCGCUGUCCGCUGGACCAAACCCCUUUCGCGGACGAAGCGGUCGACACGCUGGACUCUGUCCACGGCGGCGUCAAUCGACUGCGCGCUCGCUGCCCGAACGCGUCCAGCGGCUGCACGUUCGUCGGCGCCCUGCCGGAGCUCAAGGAGCACGUCGCGGGUCGCUGCGACCACAACGCGGUUCAGUGCCCGCGGUGCGGAGCGGCCGUCCUCCACAGUGUGAUGCUCUACCACCACCUCGAGGACUGCGGCGGCGCGCGCAAGUCCACUCUGGCCGAAGACGAGGCGGCGGAGAGGCCUCAGAUCGUAGCCGCCAUCAGGUCAUUGCUCGAGGGAAGCCACGGAGGUUUCGCGCGCCCGGUAUCCCGCAGCGCCAGCCGGACGCCCCCGAUGGAAGCCUCGGCCGUAAAAAGACGCCGCAAGAGCGUCACGGCGUCCAAAACUGACCUCCAGGGCUUAAAGAGCACGACCGAAGAUGUGUCGAAAAGGGCCGGGGGUGUCCAGGAGGUUGCUAAGGCGCUCACGGAGGAGAGGCGGAUUGAUGGGAAAGCUGAAACUUUCCUGUUUAUUCUUUGUUUUGCUUUGUGCUUUAUUCGCAUGAUUGGCUUGUGCUUGUACUUGGCCGGGUAGGAUUUGACCAUAGACAAUA